AUGAGCUUUUAUUCAAACCUUCCGAGUACUCAGAAUGAUACUGCAUCGAUAGCUACUUUAUACCCGACGAUUUUUGAAGUCAUAUCGUCUCAGGAGAUUGAUACAUUACUACCGGCAUCGGUCAGGUACCUAAUCGUCAACUACUGGAUCGCUCGGAAUCCUUCAAGAUUUACACUGCAAAUCAACAAUUACUUCCAUGAGUGGUUUGAUUUGCUACUAAAAGGAUCCAUUGAGUGGUAUCAUAUCUCUCGUUAUAACUCUACUUUUGUUGACAAGUUUUACGGUUUGAAACGGUUUAAUAGUACGAAUAAGGUUUUAGUCAAUGCUCAGGCCAAUGCUCCAGGCAAGUCUAAUUACUGGCCAAAAGGUUUGACUUUGAGUGCUAAACAGCAACGUAUCGUUUUCCUAGAAAAGAUCAUACUGCCGUAUGUCAGACAGAAAUUGGACGAUUUGCACUCUAAAUACCUUGCACAGUCUGCAUUUUCGGCCAAUAAACCUCACAAGAUUAAAGCUUGGAUCAUCGAACAAGGUUAUCCGUUGAUCAAGAAAACAAUAUAUUUGUUAGAUCUAUUGACAAAGCUGUUUUUCCUCAGCGGCAGAAUUGGCUCGGUAUCUUUCUUGCAGUAUCUUUUCAAUAUUGAAUACACUAGGAUAACCUCACCGCUGGAACCAUCGUCUACAAUAUCACAGAGGAAAACCGUACUCGAUAAUAAUAGGUUGCCAAGGCAGAAUUUUUACAGUCUCUGGCACCAAUGCAGUCUCGCUUUAACUAAAUUAAGCCAAAUACUGUCAUACUCCGGUUCACAAGCUUUCCCUGCAUUCAUUUUCAUGCUGAGAGUAUAUCAGUGGUGGACUACUCAGGAUUUGACGGCAAAGCUGCAACGGAAACUCAACGACGUCGACAAGGAUAUACCGAGAGCUAAUAACAGCGAUGAAGUCACUUAUAGAUCAACUGAUACAUGUCCGAUAUGUCAUAAACUUAUCCAAAAUCCCGCCGUUCUGGAGACUGGUUACGCAACUUGCUAUCCAUGUGCCAUUGAAUACUUGCCGAAUAAUGAAGGAAGAUGUCCGGUAACCAAUAAAAGGCUUUUAGGCUGCGAAUAUGAUUCUGAAAAGGGAAAAUGGCAGAUAAUAAGUGGACUCAGAAGACUUUUAGUAUGA